UCAUGAGCUCCAGAGGUCACAGCACACUACCACGAACUCUCAUGGCUCCUCGGAUGAUUUCUGAGGGAGACAUAGGAGGCAUUGCUCAAAUCACCUCCUCUCUCUUCCUGGGCAGAGGCAGUGUGGCCUCCAACCGACACCUCCUCCAGGCUCGUGGGAUCACCUGCAUCGUUAAUGCUACCAUUGAGAUCCCCAAUUUCAACUGGCCCCAGUUUGAAUAUGUUAAAGUGCCUCUGGCUGACAUGCCUCAUGCGCCCAUUGGACUGUACUUUGACACCGUGGCCGACAAGAUCCACAGCGUGAGCAGGAAGCACCGGGCCACCUUGGUGCACUGUGCUGCGGGGGUGAGCCGCUCGGCUACUCUCUGCAUCGCUUACCUAAUGAAAUACCACAAUGUGUGCCUGCUGGAGGCGUACAACUGGGUGAAAGCCCGGCGGCCUGUCAUCAGGCCGAAUGUAGGCUUCUGGAGGCAGCUGAUAGACUAUGAGCGCCAGCUCUUUGGGAAGUCGACAGUUAAAAUGGUACAGACACCUUAUGGCGUAGUUCCAGACGUUUAUGAGAAAGAGUCCCGACACCUGAUGCCUUACUGGGGAAUUUAAUGUCACCAAAGCCUGCAGCAGCAGCCCCUUGAGCAGUACCAGCAUCUGCUAUACACCGUCUGCUCCCCUCUUCACCUUUCUUUUCAAACAGUUGACUUUUGGUUCUCUAUGAAGUGUGUUUUACACUGGGCGUUCAAAUUUAUUUGAAGAGAGAGAAGGGAGGGGAGGGACAUAAGGGGAAUGCAUACAUUGCUAGUAACAUUUUUAAAACUAACAUUUUGGAUAGUGUUUAUGAAAAUCUUUAACUGGCUUUUAAUCAUUUUUAACAAUUUGAACAGUUUAUAAACUGUUGGGCUCUGCUCUAUCCUAAAUACCAAGCCUCUUGGCACCACUGCAGGUGCUGGAGGAGGAGCUCAGUGCAAACAUCACUUUGGGCCCCACUUAACCCUUUAGAGACAAGCUUUGCCCAAGGCUGCCGACCAAACAGAUGCUUAAAGAAGACUGAUACCAGUUUCAGUCUCUACCGACUUAGCCCUACUCUUUCCUUUUCUCUCUAUUAUUUAGUGACUCUGUAAGUUAAAAUAAGUAAACUUUUAUUAUUUAGCUGUUAAAUAAUCACAAUGAAAUCUGCUGCAAA